AUGUUGGCCGACCCUGCUGCCAUGGCUGCUUUUGCCCGCCGUGCUAUCGUCAAUGGCGAUGUUGAGCCCACCGAUGAGGAGGCUCAGUGGCCACCCGCGGGCGCCGAGGGCGAAGAGCCCGAACCCGAAGAGGACAAUGAGGACGACGAGGACGACGAGGAGGAUCCCAACGCUCACCACCUCGACAAGUUUUGGUUUGCCUGCCUCUGCAACAACCCUCAAAUCUCCCAGCUCAUCAUGGAGCACGACGAGGCCGUGCUGGAGUAUCUCACCGAUAUUAGCGGCGAGUACAAGGAGCCAGGACUCACGGGUUUCACUCUUACAUUCACCUUCCGUGAGAACCCCUACUUCACCAAUACCACCAUUUCCAAGACAUACAACCUGGCCCCUGGCCCCGAGGAAGAUGACGAGCUUGAAUACAAUGGCCCCAUCUUCCAGUCGGCUGUCGCUGACCCCAUCAACUGGAAGGAGGGCAUGGACGUCACCGUCAAGUCUGUCACCAAGAAGCAGCGCAAGAAAACCGGCAAGAACAAGGGUGAUACCCGCACGGUCACCAAGUCGGUGCCUCAGGAAUCUUUCUUCCACUUUUUCACCCCGCCCCAACUGAACCCGGAGGAGGCCUCUGAAGAGGAGAUUCAAACUGCUGCAGAGCUUCUCAACACCGACUACUUGAUUGGUGAGGUGUUCCUGAACGACAUCAUCCCCAAGGCCGUGCUCUGGUACACGGGUGAGGCCGAGUUCUCCUCCGAUGAUGAGGAGGAAGAAGAGGAGGAGGAAGAUGACUACGAGGAUGAGGAUGACGAUGAUGAGGACGAUCCCGACUACGUACCUCCGGCUGGUGGCCAGGCCCCCGAGUGCAAGCAAUCUGGGCCCGACGUUUUAGUUCUCAACCUUCGUGCAAUCUUUGGUCGAGCACACGUCAUGUGCUCUCCGCAAUUGAAAUGUAACAAUUUACAAAGUUCCGCUAACGCCACGAUGCCGACCAUCUCGAUCAACCGCGAUGACCUGCACACGGCCCUUGGCCGUAGCUACACGCAAAAGGAGUUUGAAGAUCUCUGCUUCGACUUUGGUCUUGAGCUCGACGAAGUGACGUCGGAGAAGGAAGAGCUUGAAAAGAGCGGCUCCGCCAAGGCCAAGGAUGCCUCGGAGGCCAUCAUCUACAAGAUUGACAUUCCAGCAAACCGUUGCAUCCUGGUGCCCUUUGAUACCAACCACCACAGCUAUGAUUUGCUUUGCAUUGAGGGAUUGGUCCGUGGCUUGAAAAUCUUCCUGAAUAAGAUGGGUGCACCCCAAUACCAGCUCAAGGGAGAGCCCAAGGAAACCAUGACCAUCACCGCCAACACGGCAGCCGUGCGCCCCUUUGGCGUGGCCGCGGUUCUGCGCAACGUCAACAUGACGCAAAAGGCGUACGACAGCUUCAUUGAUCUCCAGGAGAAGCUGCACCAGAACAUCUGCCGCCGUCGCACCCUUGUUGCCAUCGGUACCCACGAUCUCGACACGAUCAAGGGCCCCUUCACCUACGAUGCCCAAAAGCCGGAGGAUGUCGUCUUCAAGCCCCUUCGCGUCCCUGACGCCUUUGAGCUGAAAGAGUACAACGCAAAGGAAUUGCUGACCAUGUACCAACAAGAUUUGCAGCUCAAGCAGUACUUGCACAUCCUUGAAAAGGAGCCCUUGAUCCCUGUUAUCCGGGAUGCCAAUGGCGUUGUCUUGAGCAUGCCACCCAUCAUCAACGGUGACCACUCGCGCAUCUCCACGGCCACCAAGAACAUUUUCAUCGAGUGCACGGCCACUGACCUGACCAAGGCCAAGAUUGUGCUUGACAUCAUUGUCACCAUGUUCUCGGAGCAUUGUGCUGAGCCUUUCACCAUUGAACCAGUCAACGUCGUCAACCCAGAUGGAAAGACCGUCGCCUAUCCGGCGCUCUCCACCCGCACGACCUCUGUGCAAGCAGAGGAUAUCUACCGUCGCAUGGGCAUCAAGCGUGAGCAGGCCGACCCGGCCAAGCUGGCCGAACUUCUGACUCGCAUGCAGUUGACCUCGUCUCUUGAUGCGGACCAGAAAACUAUCAGUGUUCAAGUUCCUCCCACGCGUGCGGACGUCCUGCACCCAUGCGAUAUCUGGGAAGACGCUGCCAUUGCCUUUGGCUUCAACAACAUUGAAUGGACUGAGCCAGCCGUCUCCACGAGCGGCAAGCAGCAACCCAUCAACAAGCUGGCAGACCAACUGCGUCGUCUGCUGGUGGAGGCCAACUACACCGAGGCAUUGACCUUCGCUCUGUGCAAGCACGACGACAAUUUUGCCUCUCUUCGCCGCCCCGAUGAUGGCAAGACCGCUGCAGUCAUCUCCAACCCCAAGACGCAAGACUUUCAAGUUUGCCGCUCCAACCUGCUCUCUGGCCUCCUGCGUACUGUGCAUUCCAACCUGCGCAUGCCCCUGCCGAUCAAGGUUUUUGAAGUCAGCGAUGUUGUGCUCCUCAACCCUGCAGCGGAAACGGGCGCGAGCAACCAUCGCCGCCUUGCCGCCGUACAGGCUGGCAAGUCAGCUGGCUUUGAGGCCGUCCAGGGCCUUCUCGACCUGGUCAUGCAGAUGCUCGAAGUGCCACGCGAUGAUCAAUUGGCUCUCAAGCCUGACGGCCGCGCCUACACCCUUCGUCCCUCUCAAGACCCCGCCUUUUUCGGUCAGCUGGGAGCAGCCGACAUCAUUUUCCGUGGCGCGCGCGUGGGUGUGCUCGGUGUCGUGCAUCCCGAAGUUCUUGCCAACUACAACCUGAAGCUGGCUGCUAGUGCCUUGGAACUCGAGCUCGAAUUCUUCCUCUAA